UGGACGGGAUGGACGGGGCGCACGGGUGGUGCGCCUUUACGCGCGUGGAGACCCCUUGAGAGCGCCCUGGCGACAGAGCCACCAGCAGCAGGCGGAGAAGAUGACUCUGAACACCCAGCGAGGAGGCAGCACCAGCCCUGCCAGGAGGCGUGCCAGCACCCCGCUGCCCAUGCCCUAUGGCCCUCGCCCGGGGAUGCUGAGCGUACGUCCCAGCCAGGCUGAACCCGGCCACCCGCAGCUGGGGCAAUCCUCCUCCUGUGACCCCAAAGUCCACUCGCCUGAGCCACGCGGCAGCUGGUCGUCCGAGUCCUCCGACUCUGAGGAAUCCUGGGAAUCCUUGUACCGCGUGGUGCUGUUGGGAGACCCUGGCGUGGGCAAAACCAGCCUGAUGUACCUCUUUGCUGGGGUUCAAGACAAGGAUCUGCCUGAGCAGCAGAGAGAGGAUACCUACGAGCGCACCUUAUCGGUGGACGGCGAGGAGACAACGCUGAUGGUGAUUGACACCUGGGAAGCUGAGAAGCGGGCCCCGGAAGAAGACAACUGGCUCCACAACUACUGCAUGCAGGUGGGCAACGCCUACGUCAUCGUCUACUCCAUCACCGACCGGGGGAGCUUCGAAAGCGCCUCCGAGCUCCGGAUUCAGCUGCGCAGGACCCGCCAGGCAGAGAACAUCCCCAUCAUCCUGGUGGGGAACAAGACAGACCUGGUGCGCUCCCGAGAGGUUUCUGUGGAAGAGGGCCGCGCCUGCGCCGUGGUCUUCGACUGCAAGUUCAUCGAGACGUCCGCCGCCCUGCAGCACAACGUGUCCGAGCUCUUUGAGGGGGUGGUGCGGCAGAUCCGCCUGCGCCGCGACAGCAAGGAGGCCAACGAGAGGCGCAUGUCUCUCUACAAGCGCAAGGAGAGCCUCACCAAGAAGGUGCGCCGCUUCCUCGACCGGCUGGUGGCUCGCAACAGCAAGAAGGUGGCGCUGAAAGUCCGCUCCAAGUCCUGCCAUGACCUCUCCGUGCUCUGAGCGAACCGGAUGCCGCUCUCCUCCUCUUCCUCCUCUUCCUCCUCCCGCUCUUG